AUGGGGACGGUGCAUGUGUCACGCAGGGCUGCAGCGGACCCCUUUUGUCCUGAAGCAGGGCUGGGUCUCCCUUCUCCCCCCUCCCAGGUCGAUCCCCGGUACCCGACGGUGCUGGUCUCUGCCCCGUGCUCCGGCAGCAUCCCACCCCGAGGGGCUGCCCCUUCCCAGACCCUCAGCCCGCGAGACUCGGACCUGUCUGGUCACCUUGAUCCCAGCAGCCACCAAAGGGUCCUCAUGAAAACGGGCCUCAUCCUCCUCAUCAUUGGGCACCUCAACUUCAUCACGGGCUCCCUCGUCCAUGGUACCAUCCUCCGCUUCGUGGUCAACCCCCAGGAUGCCAUCUCCCUGCAGUACGCUGUCGCCAACACCGCCUCCGUCAUCUCUGCGCUGCUGACCAUCUCCUGUGGAAUAUCUGCCCUCAUGCUGUCCCGCUACCUUGCCCCCGCUGCCCUCAAAUGGGUGGUUUUCGCCCUGAGCAUCAGCAGCAGCCUGGGCUGCCUGUCCUGCCUGCUGGGGCUGGCCGUCUCCAUCGGGCUGACGCUGGGCACCCAGGGCCGGGUGCUGCUGGCCCCCUGCACCGUCCGCAAUAUUGCCCUCGCCCCGGUCUCCCGCCAGUGCCCCUUCGAUCCCACCCGCGUCUACAGCUCCACGCUGUCCCUCUGGGCCAUCUCCCUCCUGCUCGACUCGAUGGGGAUUGUCUUCGGCAUCCGCUGCCUCCUGCUCACUCUCGACCUUCUCCACCUCAACUGCUGUUGCCACAGGAUGCACCGGAGGAAGGUCUCCUUGCAGGAAGCCCCUGCGGAGAGCCCUCACCCCGGGCAGUGCCUGGGCUUGCUGAGGUUGGACAGCGUGGAAACCGCCCGCCUCUGA